AUGUUGAAGAUGGAAAUAAGGGAACUCAUCAUGCGAGAUGCUAAGAGAUUCCACCAUUUCAAAGGGAGAGGGAGAGGGAGAGAGAGAAAGAGGAGGAAGAGUAGGGAGAGAGAGGCAGAAGGUGGGUCUGCGAGGGAGGAAGCGCGUAGGCAGAGUAAGAAUGCAGGGUGCAGCGCGCGCGCAAGGCGCAGUGCAGCUGCGCAGCAAGCUUCUCCUCCUCCUGGGACUUUCGUCGAGCAGUUGGCGUGCAUCCAAGGGGGCUUCCAGCAGCUAUCCAAGGGGGCUUCAAUGGAGUCCCUUGCCAACUUUCCAGCAUUCCAAGGGGUCGUCCGACCCCUCUUGUCCCAACGUGGAUCCGCCACUGAUUGA